AUGAUGCGUCGUUGUUGGCUUCUAUUUGCGUUCUUGUUCUGCAUCAAUCAACUUGCUUGGCUGAACGCCGUAAGUGUGCAAAAUUGGUCGUCUAUAUUUAAAGACAAACCGUCGAAGAACUGGGUUAUCCUCGUUGCUGGUACAAAUGCCUGUGAAAAUUAUCGACAUCAAGCUGACGUUUUCCACGCGUAUCAAAUCGUGCGUAAAAACAACGUUCCAGCGGAGAAUAUAAUUACCUUCGCCUACGACGAUAUUGCAAACAAUCCCAGAAAUCCGUUUAAAGGCAAAGUGUUCCAUGACUACUUGUACGAAGAUAUCUACCAGGGUGUGGAAAUUGACUAUCGUGGAAAAGUAUGUGCGAGUACCGGUGCAAAUGAUUUUCUGCAUCAGGUUACCGUGGAACACAAGGAGCAAGUAAAACGACACUGCGUAUCAAAACAGAACACGGACCGUAGGACAGACUAA